CCGCCCACUCUACUUGCUGCCGCCAAGACCUCCUGUUUUGAGCCAUGCUAAGUUUCCUUCACGCCGUGUCGCAGUUACUCUGCUGUUAAAAUUUAGACAAAUGUGUUUUAUUAUAAACAUAAAGGAAUUAAAUACGCGUUCAGUUGGUUGGCGGUUAAUUUAAAAAAAGCGUACGGUCAUCGUUGGGUAUACUAUUUCUUUCUUCGGCUAACCUUGCUAGCUAGGCUAAGGUUACCUGUCAUUGCUUGUUUUGUGCAAGACGGUAAUUUAGAGCUUCGACACUACUUGAUUUUAGUUUAUUUGUAACGGACUGCAGAGGUAAUACCAUGAGUUUGACUCGAAGAUGACCUGCAGCUUAUAAACCACAGACAAAUCCACAUCUAGUCGAUGAAAUUGCAGGUUUGUGUUUUUAUCAUCCUUCUGCUUCCUUGUGAGCAUAGCUGCAGGUGAUAACGUAUUGUUUUAGUUUUCGUUGAACAGCCCGACUUCCGCAGACUCAUGCUUUCUGAUGAGCUUGACUCCAAACCGGAGCUACUGGUGCGGUUUGUCCAGAAUGCCUCCAUCCCGCUGGUGCAGAGUUUGGAGGACUCUGAAACCAAACACUCCUGUCUUCCUCUGCUGACGUCGUCUGAGAGCUCGCUGUGCUCUCCUCUGGAGCUCACAGACGGAAGCCUGAGCCAUGAACCAGAGACUUCUUCCCCUCUUCCAGAGUUCGGAGGUGUGUCCGAGCAGAGCCCUUUGGUGAUCCAGGCACCCGCUCAACCACAGGCCUCGCCGAGCCCCCCGGCCAUCCUGCACGACCUACAGCAGCCAGACAGCACCUCCUACGUCCUCCUUAACCUCGCAAAAGGCAUCACAGCCUCUUCAGAGUCCCUGAUCUUUGCUGCCGAUGGCACGGGGGACGAUGAAGAUGAUGGGGUCUCAGCCGGAGAUUAUGGGAUGGAUGGCAGCGCCCCCUGGUAUCUGAGGGUCCAGGAGCUAGCCCAUGACAGUCUGAUCGCUGCUACACGUGCACAACUUGCCCGAGACGCCAAGGCCAGUCAGGACGCCAGAGCUGCAAGCAUCAGUGACCACACACACAGUUUGUUGGAAGACGGGGACAAGCAGGAGCUACCCGCCCGAGCCAGCCGCCCCCUCUCCAAACAGAUCCUGCGCUGUUCGUUCGAGGGCUGCUGCAGGACGUUCACAUGGCCGGCUCACCUCAAAUAUCACCUCAAAACACACAGGAAUGACCGGAUGUUCAUGUGCGGCGCUGAAGGCUGCGGGAAGAGUUUCUAUGUGCUGCAGAGGUUGCAGGUUCACAUGAGGACGCACAACGGCGAGAAGCCCUUCAUCUGCAAAGAGAAGAAUUGUGGCAAGAAGUUCACCACAGCUGGAAACUUGAAGAACCACAGACGGAUACACACAGGUGAGAAGCCUUUUCUGUGUGAAGCAGAUGGCUGUGGGCGGUCCUUCGCAGAGUACUCCAGUCUACGGAAACACGUGCUGGUGCAUUCUGGUGAGAAGCCUCAUGUCUGUGGGAUCUGUGGGAAGACGUUCUCCCAGUCAGGCAGCAGGAACGUCCACAUGAGGAAGAGACACGGAGAGGAGGUGCACGGCAGUGAUGGCAGAGAAACAGGAGAAGCGCUGACACAAAGCAGCCUGCUGGAGGCAGACGGUGAGGACGGAGGUGGCAUGGUCACCAUGACAACAACCGUGGAACCGAUGAAUCUUCAUCACGCAAUGCUGAGAUCACCAGCCUCUGCAGACUCGGUGGUAGUUCUCUCUCAGCCACAUGAGCUGGUGACCAUGACGACGGAGGGCCAUGCUUAUGGAGAGGACGUUGUUGCUUUGCUGUAGAUCAUGGACCAACAUCACACACGACCUCUUUCAGCAAGACUCAACAGUCACAGUGAAAUAAAAACAUAAGACUUCUGUUUGUGACAGACUUUAACACAUGUAGAUAUUUGUAAUAAGGAAUCCACAAUGGUUUAAUUUAGAUUUUGAAGUUUAUUUUAUUUUAUUUUUUAUGAAUCCCAAAGAAAUACUGAGACGGGUUGGAAGAGUGUAUAGAAGAUUAAAUGCAGUUAUUAAAUAAAACCCUGCCAAACCA